GCUAGUAUGGGGUGUUUGGGAUGGCGUAGGGACACAAUAUAUGUAUGUAUUUCGUGUCAUUGAGUCGUCUCUGACUCCUGGCGACCCUAUGAAUGAGUGUCACCUGCAGUGUCCCAUCUUCACAGCCCUGCUCGGCUCCUGCAGACUCCUGCCUGGGGCUUCUUUUAUGGACUCCAUCCAUCUUAUAUUCGGUCUCCCUCUUUCCCUGCUGCCUUCUCUUUUCCCAGCAUUACUGUCUUUUCGAAAGAACCCUCCCUCCUCCUGCUGUGGCCAAAGUAGGACAGCUUCCGUUUUCUCAUUUUUGCCUCCAGCCAUGUUUCAGGCUUCAUUUGCUCUUAAGGCCCACUGGUCUGUCUUUCUGGAUGGAGUUCCAGGGUAUCCGUAAAGCUCUCCUCCAAAAUCAUAUUUCAGAUGAGUCCAUUUUUUCCCCAUCAGCCUUCUUCCCUGUCCACCUUUUGCAUCUGUACAUAGUAACUGGGAUGACGAGGGUGUGGGUGGUCUCAGCCUUAGUCUCUAAUGACGCAGCUUUGUUCUUGGUGAUCUUUCCUAAUUCUUCCAUUGCUGUCCCUCCGAGGCUCAGCCUUCUCUUGAUUUCUUGGCUGCAAUCUCCACUCGACUUGAUGACUGCACCGAGGGCAGAGAAUACACAAGAGGAGCUCCGAGAAUUCCAGGAGGGAAGCCGAGAAUAUGAAGCCGAAUUGGAGACACAGCUGCAGCAGAUUGAAACCAGGAACAGGGACCUCCUGUCAGAAAAUAACCGCCUUCGCAUGGAGCUAGAAACCAUCAAGGAAAAGUUUGAGACACAGCAUUCAGAAGGCUACCGGCAGAUCUCUGCCUUGGAGGAUGACCUUGCCCAGACAAAGGCAAUCAAAGAUCAGCUGCAGAAAUACAUCCGAGAGCUGGAGCAAGCAAACGAUGACUUGGAAAGAGCAAAACGGGCCACAAUCAUGUCUCUGGAAGACUUCGAGCAGCGCUUAAAUCAAGCCAUUGAGAGAAACGCCUUCCUGGAGAGUGAGCUGGACGAGAAGGAAAAUCUCCUAGAAUCUGUUCAGCGUCUGAAGGAUGAAGCCAGAGAUUUGCGGCAGGAAUUGGCUGUGCAGCAAAAGCAGGAGAAACCCAGGACCCCCAUGCCCAGCACGGCGGAAGCUGAAAGGACAGACACAGCGGUGCAGGCCACUGGCUCCGUGCCGUCCACUCCCGUGGCUCAUCGGGGCCCGAGCUCGAGCUACACCGCAUCGGGGGUGUUCAGACGUGGUCUGGAUGACUCGGUGGGUGGGACCCCCCUAACGCCUGCAGCCCGGAUAUCGGCCCUCAACAUCGUGGGAGACCUGCUCCGGAAAGUGGGGAGGAUAGAGAAGCCCGGAGCGGUCUCAGCGCCCUUCGGUUUUUACGGAAUCCAUUUACAUCAAGGCCAAGUCCUUGUUCAAACCUCCCGCCUCUCUCUGUGCAUGUUUAACAAGGCGUUGGAGUCCAAGCUUGCAUCCUGCCGGAACUUCGUGUACGAGCAGUCGCCAAACCGAACAAGUGGCCCGACCUCAGGGCGGGGGAGCAAGAACAGAGAUGGCGGCGACAGACGGCCAAGCAGCACCAGCGUGCCUCUGGGCGAUAAAGGGUCAGGAAAACGCCUGGAAUUUGGGAAGCCGCCUUCAAAUCUGUCCUCACCAUCGCUGCCGUCAGCCCAGGGUGUAGUCAAGAUGUUGCUUUAGGAAACCCACAGAAGCGAAGCCACUGAUGUCUGUGCAGGAGUUCUUUACCUUUUUCCCCGUCUUUACAUGAGCUUUUUUGUUUUAAGUUAGUCUGAAUAAUAUGAACAAGCACUCACACUGGCCAAUGAUGGAGGCCAUGGCCCUUGGCCCCUGCUGGCUGACCCUGUGAAAUGUCUCAUAAUCCAUGUUGCAAGUGGACAAGAACAAACUUGACCCCCUGGAAAGGGCUCUAUGGUGUGGGUGCUGAGGCUGCCCUGUCAUUUGGAGCUGACCCAAGGCCUGAUUGGUCUUGAGAGGUGGUUUUAAUGUCCAGAGACACCUUACAAGUGGGAUCCGACUUGGGCUCACCCAUGCCCCACUCAGCUGGAGCUGUCUUCCAAAACAAAGUCUCGCAACACUCUGGCACAGCAAGGAUGGCCGCAUGGAAAUCAUGUCUAGGAGCAAAGAAUAGCGUAGUCUUGUGCCUUUUUUUUUAAAACUGUGGGGUCGUGUACCUUCCCAUGGUUUUUAAUCUGCCUCUCAUUGAGGCUUUUAGAGGUGUGCUUGAGUUUCAGAGGAAAUUUUGUGUGGACCAGGUCAGUGGGAAAUCUGUCUUCUUUAGGUCUAUCCCGACUGUUAGCGAUCCUGAACCCCCCACCCCUGGCAUGGGGGUGGCCUCCACUUCAGGACCCCGAGGGUCCUUGGGGUGGAGUGGCCUGGAAAUGAAGCUUUUAAGAACAGGACUUCUUCAAGACCAUAAUGAAAGAACCAAAUAAGGUUAAAUCGCCAGGAUCGUUUGAAGCUUCCUUGUCAAGGAAGAAAUGAACACAGGAUGCCUGGCAUGGACGGUGCACUGCUUCUCUGCUUGCUGUGAACUGCUGUCUCACGCUUUCAGUCACAAGUAAAAAGAACCCAGGAAUUCAGGAGCAUGUGUGCAGCUUAACGACCUUCCUUUUGUUAUUAAGUUAUUUUUCCAAAAGAAUGGCAAAAUAUCCUUGAUUUUGAAAACUGAACUUUUCAAGUGCUACUGAAAUUCAACAGAGAAUCAAACAUCAGUGCCCGGUUGGUUAUCCUACAAACAUUCUAACCUAUAUCGGUAAAAGAUGUACUUAUAUUUUUUUAAAAGAACAAUAAAAUCAAGAGAAACUAA